AUGUCCAAAAAGACUGGGAAGAAAACGGUUUUUCCAAAUUUUUCGUUGUUCAAAUCCAAGUCACCCGCCCCUUUUUCUAAUACUAUACCAACCACAGUCGAGGCUCGCUCUAAGACCCCAAAUGUUGAAAGCAAUUCUCCACACGUGUCUCCAGAAAAGUCACAAUCCAAAGGCCCAACCCCGGUCCCAUCACCCCGUAAGCGACAUUUGUUUAGUCGAGGAAAUCAAACCCGACGAUCGUUUUGUGCUUUUGAAGAAAAGAAUGACCCGACAGGGGAUUCCGACAUGAUGAUGCUAUUUGCAUUGAAAGACUUGAUUGGUGUUGGUUCGACUGAUGCGGAGAAGAUGAGGAGUGCCAUGCUUCAAAUUAAGUUGAUGUUUGAGCACCCGAGUGACCCCUUAGUGUUCACUGCAGUACGCGAUGUAGUGAGACCAAACAAGCGGUUUAUAACAAAAGAGUCAUUAUAUUAUAUUAUAAUGGACUCUGUCAAUUCCGAAUUGGGCAAAAUAUAUGACUGUUGGUCGAGUUUGGCACUUCCAUUAGAAGUCUGGACAACCAAAUUUUCGAGUUACAACAUCACGGAGACUUGUGUGUGUGAAGGGUUGUUCCAUAUUGAAAGUGAUGGACGUUCUGUGUCACAUUUAACGGAUUUGGAUCAAUACGAAAUCGUUAAUAGAGAGGCAGACUUCACAUUCUUUAAACAGUUCUUUUACACGAAUCCACUGUCGAAGUACUACGUCUAUAAGAACUCGGCUACUAUCUUGUGUUAUCAAGAAACAAACUCGUUGUAUUACGUCAUGUCAUUCAAAGCUAAUGGCCUUCACCGAUUUGUACUUUCGAUGGAACUGUCCCCAGUCAAGUGGUACUCAACAAAAACUCAAACAACAGAGAAGCCCAUCAGAAUCAAAACAAAUCAAACACUUCUCGACCAAAUGGUUCGUUUAGAGAGUCAAAUGAUAGUCAAAACAUACAAAAUCGGCGUGUUGUAUAGCACACCUGGACAACAGAAUGAAGAUGAGAUGUAUGCAAACACUCAAUGCUCCGAUGCGUUUUGGAAGUUUAUGGAUUUGAUAGCAGUGAAGAAGGAGCAAAAGAAUUGGGGAAGGUUUUGUGGGGGGUUAGAUAACACUAGUGGGACGACGGGAGAAUACUUCUACUUCACGGUGAUGGACAAUUAUUUAUACGAAAUAGUAUAUCACGUUGCCCCACUACUCCCAGACAACAAAACCACACAAAAGCUCGAAAGAAAAAGACAUGUUGGCAAUGAUGUAGUCGUUGUUGUGUUCAAAGAGAUGAGUGACAGUACUGAUACAUUCAACCCAAAUUCCAUAUCGUCACACUUAAAUCAUAUAUUUAUAGUCGUCACACCUGAGAAGAAUGAUGCUACAAAUGAACGGUAUAAGAUCAACGUUGUUUGUAAAGAAGCUGUAGUACCGUUCCCACCAUUUUUAAAAGACAGGUGGUAUCCACACAACGAAACCACAAAGAAUUUCAUUUCAAAAAAGAUUGUAAAUGGAGAGAGGACUUGUAUGUUAUGUGGGGUGUUUGUAAACAACUCGGUCCGGUCCACAGAAAGAAUGAUCGGACAUAUCAUCAAUUCCUCAUUAAGUUCUGAAUAA